AAAUGGGUUCUUUCUGUGCUACGGAGGGGUUUAGAGCUUCAAUUUCGAGAACAGCCUCCUCUCUCUGCGGUUCCUCUGGAAUUUUCUAUGACCAGAGACCCGCGGAAAAAUCUGUUGUUACAAGAGGAAGUGUCUCUACUUCUCCAAAAGAAUGUAUUGGAAGAAGUAAGUCCACCUCUAGGUUGGGGGUUCUACUCUCGUCUCUUUCUUGUACCCAAAAAGAAUGGACAAAUGAGACCUGUGUUGGACCUCUCUUUUCUGAAUCAGUAUCUGGUGAUUCCACAUUUCAAAAUGGAGACCAACAGGUCGAUCAGAACCUCUUUCCAUACAGGGAUGUGGACGUCUUCUUUAGAUCUGACGGAUGCUUAUUUUCAUGUCCCUAUAGCUCCGGCUUAUCGGAAGUUUCUUCGUCUGGUCUGGGAGGGCAAGGUAUAUGCUUUCAGGGCAAUGCCUUUUGGCCUAUCUACUGCUCCACUAGUGUUCACAAAAAAUUUUCAAACAGUGGUUGCGUAUCUACACUCCCAGUCCAUUUUCAUCCAUACAUAUCUAGACGAUUCUCUGAUCAAGAAUUUUUCUUUCAUCCUUCUUCAUCAACAUACUCAUCGAGUUAUUCAUCUUCUGUUGAAGCUGGGUUUCCUUAUUUCUUGGGAAAAAUCAGAGAUAGUUCCCAGUCAGAGUUUCAUUUUCCUAGGGGAACAAUUUCGAACAGAUCUUGGGAUAGUUCUUCCUCCAGAGGAGAAAUUUCUCAAGCUUCAGUAUCUGUUGGAUCAACUACUUUCAGCCAAACAGGCUUCAGCUCGCCAGUUUCUACAACUGAUAGGUUUUCUGAUUUCUCUGAUGGACAUAGUACCUUUAGGUCGUCUUCAUAUUCGCCCCAUUCAGUGGUAUCUUCUGGAAUUUUGGGUACCAGCCUCACAACAGUGGGAAGCUGUUAUUCCCAUUCUUCCCAGAUUGUAUCCUCAUCUUCUGUGGUGGUCAGUGAGAGAGAAUGUUAUGAUAGGUUGCUCGCUAGACUCCCCAGUUCCUUCUAUGACCCUGUUUACAGAUGCUUCUCUGACAGGCUGGGGAGCUACCCUGGAAGGCAGAGAGGCAUAAGGUAUAUGGUCCGGUCUCCAGUUGACAGAACACAUCAAUUUACUGGAGAUGCGGGCUGUUCUUCUGGCAUUGAAACACUUUUCCCAAUUUGUUCAGGGUCAAUCUCUGAUGAUAGCCACAGACAAUACAACAGUAGUGGCUUAUCUGCAGAAUCAGGGCGGCACACAUUCUCAGUCUCUUUACCUUCUGUGCAAAGAAAUUCUGUUGUUUUGCCGUUCCCUGGGAAUUCGCUUGUCAGUCAGGCAUGUUCCUGGCAAUCUGAAUCUAGUAGCGGAUGCUCUCUCAAGGUCACUGCAUCCAGUGAAUACAGAAUGGGAGUUACAUCCAGCAGUCUUUCAGGAGAUCUGUCUCAAGUGGGAUCGUCCUCAUAUAGACCUCUUUGCUACUCAUCUGAAUUGCAAACUGCCAACGUUUGUCUAUCCGAUUCCAGACAACAAAGCUUUAGCAGUGGAUGCAAUGUCUUUCGAUUGGAAGGGGAUGUUUUCUUACAUGUUUCCUCCUUUUCGCCUCCUUCCCAAGAUUUUACACAAAAUCAGGGUAGAAAUUUGCAAGACCAUUCUUAUUGCUCCAGCAUGGCCAAAACAAUCUUGGUUUCCAGAUCUUCUUCAACUGUGUUGUGCGAGACCAAUUCUUCUUCCUCUCAGGAAAGAUCUUUUGUCUCAAUUCAAAGGCAGGAAAGUUCAUCAGAAUCUUUCCAACCUCCAUCUACACGCAUGGUUACUGUCAGGGAAUCUCUCAGACAGGAUGGCUUUUCUGACAGAGCAGCCAAACGUAUCUCUAGUUCAGUCAGCAAAUCUACAGGAGCAAUUUAUGACUCUAAGUGGAACAUCUUCUGUUCUUGGUGUCGUUCAAAGGAAAUUGAUCCUCUCGCAGUUACUGUCCAACAGUUAGCUGAGUUUUUAGUCUAUCUGUUUGAAGACAAAGGUUUCUCUCCCUCUACUAUUAAGGGCUAUCGUUCAGCUUUAUCUAGAACUAUAGCUUUGUCAGGAGGUCCUGAUUUUGGGAAGAAUGAGUUCUUGUCCCUCAUGGUCAAGAAUUUUUGUUUGGAACGACCUAGACAACGUAGGUUGGUUCCAUCCUGGAAUUUAGCUUUGGUUCUUAGGACUUUACAAUUUCCUCCUUUCGAACCUUUAUUUUUAGCUCCCUUUAAGUUUUUGACCUUGAAGUGCUGUUUUUUAUUAGCUUUAGCUUCUGGUCGUAGAAGGAGUGAGAUUCAUGCUUUCUCCAUUGCAGAUUCUUGUCUCAGAUUUUCUGCAGAAAAUUCUUCAGUUACUCUGUUGACAGAUCCAUCUUUCUUAGCCAAGAAUCAGUUAUCAGACAAAAGUUCUGGACCUAUUGUUAUUCCUGCUCUACCUAAAUCAUUAGGUAAUCAGGAUUUAUGUCCAGUGCGUACACUUCAGAAAUA